AUGUCAGCUUCAAAGGGAUUUGGAAAUACGUUGCGAUCAUCUCGACUGGCUUCAGUCGCAAAGCCUGUUAAUGCAUCUUAUGCUGAUAAUGUUGCACCAAAAUUUCAAGUCAUUAAAACUACACCAUCUUCUCUUUAUCGCAAGGAUUUUGGUUUGAAAAGAUGUAUGCCUGCCGGUUCCAAAACUCCAUAUAUUACAGUCCAGUCUCUCGAUACUAUGUAUGGAAUGACAUCCUAUGAGUUUGGUAGCUCUUUUCAUUUUAAGUACAAGAGAUUUCAGGAACUGGGUGUUUCACUUUGCUCCGGAAACUCCAACAAAGCCCAUGAUUCCCUAUUUGCUCAGCCUGCUAAUAACAACAUUCAUGGGUUGACGCGUGCUGAAGCCCUUGACCUCCUUCAAAAAUCACCUGAAAGAAGAUCUGAAUUUCUUAAAUUUUCCAAGCUUAACACAAAAGACGACAAACAACAAAGAAAGUCAGCCAGUGAAUUAAUUAAUACAUUUUAUGGGCUUAGUGAGAACACAAACGUUCUUGGAAGUUUACGCAAAAAUCACAAGGGAAAUACAGGUUUAUCUUUUCUUCUCCAUGGCUCCAUUAAGAAUACUCCCAAGGGUCCUGUUUUAUAUCGCCCUGUUCCCGGUAGACAAAUUUCGGCUCCAAGAGCCAAUAAUACCAAGAAUCUUGCUGCUAUUGGUGGCUUUGUUUCUAACUACAACGGCAGUGCUGGAGAUUCAUUCUAUGUUUCUUCUGCUUUUGUUGAUAGUAGAAACAGCAUUCAACUUAGUGUUAAGCCAACUAAGGACUCUCUCACCAGCAGCAACCCUACUUCUACCAUUCAAUCUCUUUCAAGAGAAGAACACAGCCCAACGAGACUUUCAAAUCUUUCUCAAGUAACCGAAAAAAAGGCUUGA